CGGAUCUGCACCAAGGCUGUGUAACAGUUGCACCGAUUGUCCUGCGCAAAAUGUUCUGGGAUCUUUGCACUAAUCUGUUGAAACUCGUUAAUCUAGGUUCCUUCCAAACUGGUGCAGAUGAGAUCAACUGCGUGAUGUCCUUGCCCAGACUUGUUAUAGCUUAGCACAGACAAGACGACGAGGUUCUCCUCGCGGCGCAUUUACCUCUGCGAUGGCAUACAAAAGAUCUCGACAGGCGUAUGAAGCAGAUCUACAUCACAAGUCUGCAUCUUCAUUUGUCCUCUACGGCACACCUCUGCCACCACUCGAUGAGCAUACCCGGGAUGAUGGCUCCUUCGUACCGGUCUGGAAGCAAGAGGUGACGGAUGACAGAGGCAGGAAACGCUUACACGGCGCCUUUACAGGUGGCUUCAGCGCCGGAUAUUUCAACACUGUAGGCUCUAAAGAAGGAUGGACACCCUCUACUUUCGUCUCAUCGCGGCAAAAUCGCAAAAAGGAUGGAGCCAAGCCGACUCAACAAAGACCGGAAGACUUCAUGGACGAAGAGGACUUGCGCGAAGCUGAAGAAGCACGUACAAUCAACACUUCCAGCGAAUUCGCCGGAUUCGGUACCGAACAUGAUCCGCUUCGGAGGAGUGCAGCGAUUGAUAUAUUUCGCCCUUCCCAAGAGACUAUCGGCUCUACUCUGCUGAAAAGGAUGGGCUGGCGUGAGGGUCAAGGUAUUGGGUCUCGAGUGAGAAGAAAGGCGAAAUUUGAAGAAGAGGAUGAGGAUACAUCUUCAGAGACACACCUUUUUGCUCCCGAUGAUGUUCAGAUCGUAUCCCUCGCACGAAAGACGGACUAUAAAGGCCUAGGUUACGAGGGUGAGCUCCAAGACAAAUCCACUCUGGCCAGCAAAACUAGUGAACCAACUCGGAAACCCUUACACCGAGAAGAAUCUUCCGAUGAUGAGACUUCUAGUCCAUCUCUACUGUUCUCAAAAAUGCCUUCAGGCCGAGCCAAGAAGACGGGUAUUGGUGUUGGCAUUCUCAAUGACGACGGCUCUGAUGACGAAGAUCCAUUCUCAAUGGGCCCGAAGAUAUCCUAUAACAGGACCCUUGGAGUUGACAAGAAGCCAAAAUCUAAAGCAAAGAAUUCGGCAGGCUCGGCAAAUCCACUAGUCAAGACGAAACCAACGUUCAUCUCGAAGAAACUGGCAAAUCUCAAAGGGGCUUUGCGCCAAUGUCAUGAUGGCCGGCUUCCUCCCGAUGGGUUUGUAUUGGCCAGUCAUCUAGACUCCUUUAGUAGUCUCACCGUACAGGAUGACAAGUAUAAGCCUCCUGAGGUGCCGACUGGAUGGACAUCUUCCAGGUCAAUUGCGCCAGGAGGGCAAAAUAGCUCCGAUUUUGUGUCGACCGCCGAUGCUGCGAGACUUUCUAGCCUCACUGCGAAAGGAAGAGCUUCGAUCCUGGGGGAAGCACAACUCCCAGGAAAAUCAGUUUUUGAUUUCCUCACUUCUUCUGCUCGGGACCGUCUGGCCGCGGCGUCUGGUCAUUCGAACCUUCCUGCUGCUGGCAAUGAACCGCCGCCGCCGGGCUUCCAGGCUUCUCAAUUAGUGAGUUCGUCUCUGCAAAGCCUUGUUCCAGAGUUGGACAAGGCCACUGCCUUGCAGGCACUACAUCGAGGCACGAGCGGUUGGAUGCCAUAUGCAGAAGAUGAAAAGAAACGAUCUAGGUAUCGAGCGUUCCUUGAAAUUCAGGCCGGUCUUAGACAGGACGAACUUCCUCCUCGUGCCAAAGCCAUGAAACAGGACGACUGGGUUAUCGAGAUGCAGGAAUUUGCCCGAGCCGCAGAAGUUUUCAAGCCAGUCAGUGGGCUGAUGGCUAGCCGGUUCACAACUUCAACGGCCUCGCUACAAGGCCAAAACCCAGAUUCGUCGGCACCCAUGGACGCAAUGCUGACCAGACCUACACCCAAACAGGAAAACCCGGCAACAUCAGCUGCAAGGAUGGGCAUGUUCGGCCCCAUGACCCGGUCAGUGUCGAACUUUUACCCCACCAGACUUUUGUGCAAACGAUUCAAUGUUCCCUGUCCCGACCAUUCGGCGACUUCUGCUGCCGGCACUCAUCAUGUUUCAGCGGCAACUACCGCACAGCGCGAAGCUUCCACGACACAAUUUCGUUCCUUUACUUCAAGUAUGCCAAAGGAGAAUGCCGACUCUACCAGUCCGGCACCUGCUGAUAGCGCUGAUGCUGCAAUACUGAGACAUACCGGCAGUGUGGAGGAGGCGAAUACACCGAACCCAGAAAUGAAUGAAGCCCUAGAGAAGGAAAAGCCUGGACAAGCUGUUUUCAAAGCCAUCUUCGGCAGUGAAGACGAAGCCGACGACGAGAUGUGAGUAGGGAAAUUCGAGUAUGCUCGAGAUAUAUCAAAGUGUCUGUACUCCGUAGGAAGUACCUCUAGCAUUGUAAUCUGCAGUUUGGUUUUGUUUUUGU